GAUGCAGGAUGGGACGCCAAAACGGCUGGAAAAAGAACAGAUGGCUGCUGCUCGUGGCACGCGUGUUGUUGAUAUUGUCGACUGCAGCAAUGUUGGCCCGUCAUCUCCCCCAGCUGUCCCUCACAGGAGAAAAAAAACAAAAAAACGUCAAGUCGUUCCUGCAGCCGCGCACGGGCGUGGGCGCGCCCAGAGUCGGGGGGCACUUUGCUGGUGCUGGCUGAUGUCUUCGUCUACAGCCAGUUACGUGUCUCAGCUGCUGUGCUGCCGCUGUAGUGUACGCGUUUCAUCGGAUUGGCCGUUUCGCCAUGCUCGCUGUCUGGAUCAAUCGCCGCCCAUCACGAGUCUGCCACCAAGCCGCCUUCUCCGCUGGCUAUCGACGACGAUGGAUGCAUGUUUUUUUUUGGGGUACAUCAAAACAACAAGGAUGCACGACAAUGGCGGCCGCUCCUCACUUACUCACCUACCUCGUCCAUCUACCGAUCGGCACGGAAAUUAUUCUCUGCCCUAUCUGCCACGCCGUCCCAGUUCCCCCUAGCCGUUCCUAGUCCAAGGGAAACCCUCGUCGGAGAAUCCGGAUGCGCAUUAAUGCCUUCCACCCCA